GAUUUGAGUUUGAAAAGGUGUAGUUUUUGGGUUUUUAUGGGCUCCCGACCUCAUAGACUGACGGAGUGGUACCCCGCUGUAGGUAUGCCUCGCAUUGUCUCCCGGGCUUCUGCAUCUGGCGCGGCCUACGACCCGUAUGCCUGGGUAACUUCCGAUAUAAAUGACUCGCCCAACCAAAUGGAUCUGGCGGAGUUGACCGAGUUCCGGCAAGCCGGUUACUUGUGUGGGGGAACAGACGAGGAGGUCAACUAUGAGGCCGCUGUUCCUGCCCCCAACGAGCGUAUUUAUGAGAUCAAUUUCCACUCUCCUCGUGUCCCCGAUUGGAUUUGGUUCUACAAAUCCAUGUUCACACAAGUCGGCGUUCGGAUACCGCUUUUUGAUUUCCAAAUGGCGCUCCUCAACCGGAUAUCCGUCUCCCCCUCACAGCUCCAUCCAAACAUCUGGGCCUCAAUCCGCUGUUUCGAAUUGGUUUGCGAAUACCUCGAGCUACCGGUGUCGGUGGACGUCUUCCUCUUCUUCUUCAAUCUUACUAAUCCUUCCAAACAAGGGAAAGCUAGGAAAGGGUUCUUUUCUUUCCGAUCUGCCCAGGGUAGGAGAAUAUUCGGCCUCUUCGAGGACUCCUACCAUGGAUUCAAAGAUAAGUACUUCAAAGUUCGCCUCGUCAAAGGUCGCCACCCCUUUUGGUUGUCGUUAGAGGGGGAGCGCCUUAUCCCAACUUAUUGGAGUUUUGGGGCGGGGUCGAACUCUUUCAUUAAGGUGACGUAUAAAAGGUUGUCGCCCGUAGAUAAGCAAAUAGCUGAUGUACUUUCUGCUAUUUUUGAGAAGAACCCCGUGAACCCCCAUCUCCUCAUGGGUGAACGGGAGGUCGCUAGGAGCUAUAUCCUGGAAAUGUCCGCUACCGUGACCGGACUUGAGAAUUUGAUGAAGACUUUUUUUGAAGCGAGGGACGACGAGAAUGCCGAAGAAAAGGAUGCCGGGAGGUCGGAGGGUCCUUCUGGGGAGAAGGAGAAUCAGGCUGUGCCUUCUCCCCAGGAUACCGGCGUGUUGGAGAAACAGACUACAGGGGCCCAGGCUUCUCCUAUUCGUGAGGAGGUGUUCGUUGAAGGGCAUGCGUCCUUUACCCCCUGCCGGACAGUGAUGUGGAGCUCAUCUAUACUCCCAAGAGGCGGAGGAUGUCUUCCAGCCCGGAAGGGGCCCUCACUAUAAUGGAAAGGAACUUUGA